AUGAUAAUGACGACUGGCCGUGUGCUGCUGGUGUGUGCCCUCUGCGUGCUGUGGUGCGGUGCUGUUUUGGGGCACGCGAUGGAGGAUUACUGCGGUGAGGGUGGAGGGAACGGUUUGAGGCACACGAGUAAUGGUGGAGAUGACGGCGUGUCUCUAAAGGCGGACUGCGGGUUGUUAUCCACUCGAAUGGCUUUAAUAAAGGCGGUUGAGGCUGCGGAAGGUGAACAAGAAAUGAAUGUUACAGCCCGACCUCAGGAUAAUUCGAAGGCAUCAUCACCUGACAGUAAAGUGGGCAAUAAUACGAAGUCCACUGGAGCACCUGAUUCAAAAGGAGGUAGUGUCGCAGGUGAACCAGCAGAAGCAGCACCGACGCCUGGAGAAUCAGAUACAGAAGGACAGGUGGUGAAGCCAGAAGGUUUGGAUGCAAAUGGUGGAAAAAAAGCAGAUGGUAAGAGGGAUCGCAACGACGGUACGGCAACUGGACCCCAACAACAAAGGGCUGAUCAACCGUCGUCUUCUUCUUCAUCUGGCAGCUCUGGCACUGAGAGUGCCAAACAACCCCUUGUGAAGGAAAAUUCCGAGAGGAAUGAAACCCUCGAUGACCCGCCGCAAGAAGAAGAAGAAAAAGAUCGUGGCAGUGAAUCUGACAGUCAUGAAGAGGAGGCGGAAGAACUGGAGAAAAAAGAAGACAAAAAAAACGCAAGCAAUCAGGCACCAACGGGGACACUUGGAGGUCUGACGAAACACACAGAAAUACAUACAGCAACAACAGAACCGAAUGGACAGUCCAGCCCUCAGGCUUUGGGGGACGUGGAAAAGCCAGAAGAAGUCCAAGGCGAAAAGGACCCAAAAAACAAUUCACAAACAAAGAGCGUUGCCUCCAUCGCAGCCAACCAACAGAAUGAAACAUCUGCCGACCAUGGAGAAUCAGGGUCACCUUCACCCACGGCAAACGGUGAUGCCGCCAAUAAUGAUUCUGACAAUAGCACUGAAGAGCGCAUGCAGAGCAAUCAUUCAGCAGCUGAUGGUGCAGGGACAGCAGAGGGAAAACAAAAUGAAAAUAAAGAUGCCAAUCCGAAAGGAACACCAGUCGAAGCCACAGCCAUGAAAACUACAACGGCGACGACUGGCGACAGUGACGGCAGCACCGCGGUCUCCCACACCACCUCCCCUCUUUUCCUUCUUCUUCUUGUUGCGUGUGCGGCUGCGGCUGCGGUGGUGGCCGCGUGA